AUGUCGUCUGCCGCGCAUGAGAACGAGGAGGACGACCCUCAGCGGGAAACCACAAAAAUAGGCAAAGCCUGCGAGCCCUGUCGGCGCCGUAAGGUCAAAUGCGAUGGUGCACAGCCAUGUUCGCAGAUUGGCUGCCAGAAGAAUCCCUCUCAAUGCAUCUACAGAGAUAGAACCCGGAUCAGACGGUCGAGGGCGCGCAGGCAGACUGAGUCGAACCCGGCGACAGCAGCAACUGCGGACCUCGGUGCCACGGCGUCGGAGAGACAUCCGGCACCAUCUUCUCGGCCAGAAGAAACAGCUCAUCAGCUGUCUUCCGAGCGAUAUCAAGAGAAUGAUCACGCUAGUCUUACAGAAGAUGGCCAAGCAUCUGGCGACCACGAUCUUUAUCCUUACGCCAGCAUUGUCGCGACGCAUGAUGCGCCCCAGCCUACUGAUAGCUCUCAGCUGUUCUAUGGGCCAUCCUCCAAUUUCGCCUUCUUGCAGCAGCUUCACAGGGGAAUUUUGUUUAAGACUGCUCGCAGUCUUCGCCGGGGCGGCGAUGUCGAGGAAGGAGGUCCAGGACUCGACUUGUUCAUGCAACGGUCGAUAUUCUUUGGAGCACCUCAGCGUGUAAAGCCAAAUGCCUCUUUGCCCUCGUUCUCCGACCUGACGCGGCACAUUCCAUUGGAUCAAUUGGACCAUUUUUUGGACACCUUCAAGACCUCCCAUCUCCAUAUCUACCCCUUCUUGACAAGUGCCGACAUCAACGGAAUUUCUCGGCAAUUGCAUGGCAUUGCCCCCAAGCCUGACUUCCCACCCCAGAAAACGGCGAUUGCCUUGGCAAUUCUGGCACUGGGAGCUCUCAGCUCACCGCACACGGAACAGGCCGAGUAUCUCUACGCGCUGGCCAAGCGUGAGGCCGUCUUCUUUGACGAAGCUGUCACUCUUUCCAUGAUACAGUUCUCGGUCCUGCUCUCCGGAUAUCAGACCAACAUGGCUCGGCCAAAUUCGGCCUACAUCCACCUCGGAACAGCAUGCCGAAAUGCUUUUUCCAUGGGUCUGCAUCGACACAUCACUGCACCGUCAAUGAAGGCCGAGAGCGUGCAGGAGCGCAUAGCCACUAUUUGGUGUCUGUAUUUUCAUGAAACAAAGCCUGAGCUGCUUCAGAUUCAUUCCCUCUAUUACCACGCAAUCUUGCACACUUUCCGGCCGUUUCUUGUUGCCAGCGCCGCAAUGAGUGCCAGUAAACGCCAGGCCGAAGGCAUGUGGUUGCGACAGGCGUGCAGACAUGCCGUUGACGCAGCACAAGAUUCGAUCGUUUACAUUGGCAACGUGAUCCGCAACUUCUGCGAAGGGCACGUCUGCAGGGUGAGGCUCCCUAGUACGGUUCUCCGUAUUACAGUGGAUGGCCUGACCAUGAGUGGAAAGGCCAUGAAGCAUCCCUCACCCACCUCGAGUAUGUGCAGAGCGCCCUCGAUUGCCUCGGCCUUAUGGUCCAAGAUGCACCCUGCAACGCUGGCGCAGGACUCCCUUCAGCAGGUAUUGAAAGCUGUUGAGAAGGCCAUCGCGCACCAGAACAGCUCGGCUGCCUCAACGCCGGGGAUGGCAGGAAAUCUGACUUCACAAUUCCCUUGUUUGCCCCAUGCUCACGCCGCCAAUUCCACCGACCAACACAUCCACUUGACUGAUCUCUGGGACCAAAGCCACGCCACUGGCGGCAAUCCGACAUUAUCCGGGGAACAGGACAUGCACGAAUUCGACUUUGAUGUCAUGACGACAGAUCUUCUCCAUUUCUUUGGCCCAAGCACUGAGGGCAACCCAACGGGCAACCCAAGCUAG